CGGUACUGCGCCGAUCUCAGUACAAUCAGGACGAGGAGGCGUGUGACAGCUACACUUCGCUACACGUCGCCUACGGAUGAUCGAAACAACCCCAGUUUCUCUCAUUGUUCAAAAUAAACAGCAGCCGUGCCCCGCCGCGCCCCCACCCCCAGCGGAGCCGUCAUGUGGCAGGAGGCCCGCAAACACGAGCGCAAGCUCCGUGGCAUGAUGGUGGAUUACAAACGCAGAGGAGAGCGCCGGCGAGAAUACUAUGAGAAAAUCAAAAAAGAUCCAGCUCAGUUUCUGCAGGUUCAUGGAAGAGCCUAUAAGAUUCAUCUGGAUCCCGCUGUGGCACUCGCUGCAGAGAGUCCAAUCAACAUGAUGCCAUGGCAAGGAGAUGCCAACAACAUGAUUGACAGGUUUGAUGUCAGGGCUCAUCUGGACUACAUCCCCACAUACACGCCUCCACUGCUCAGCACAACAACCCCAGAGCAGGAGAUGGAGGAGAGGAAGUGCAAUUACGAGCGUUACAGAGGCCUUGUGCAGAACGAUUUUGCCAACAUCUCUGAGGAGCAGUGUUUAUACCAAAUCUACCUGGACGAGCUCUAUGGUGGCCUGCAAAAGCCAAAUGAGGAGGAGAAGAAAAAGCUGGCUGAAAAAAGGGCGUCUAUUGGUUACACAUACGAAGACAGCACUGUGGCGGAGCCAGAGCCCCAGUCAGAUAAAGAUGAAGACAACUCAGAGAACAGUGAAUCAGAGGAGGAUGAGGGCAUCCCAGAUAUUGAUGUGGAGGUGGACGUUGAUGAGCUGAACCAGGAACAGGUGCUGGACCUCAACAAAAUAGCAACCCCGUAUGGGAUGGCUGAAGGAGACUUUGUUAGGAUGUUGAGGAAAGACAAGGAGGAAGUGGAGGCCAUCAAACAUGCCAAGGCUCUGGAGGCGGAGAAGGCCAUGUACUCUGGCCGGCGUUCUCGACGACAGAGGCGAGAGUUCAGGGAGAAGAGGCUAAAAGGUCGACAGAUCAGUCCACCGAGCUAUGCAAGGAGAGACAGCCCCACAUAUGACCCCUACAAACGUCCUGAGUCAGAGUCAAGCUCUGAGUCUCGAUCGCGCUCUCGUACUCCCGGUCCAGAAAAGAUCACCUUCAUCACCAGCUUCGGAGGCAGUGAUGAUGAAGCGGCUGCAGCCACUCAAACAGCCACUCCUCACUCUGGCCACGCCCCCUCCAGCACGCAGCACCCUGCAGGUCAUAGCAGGGGCUCCCGGAGACGAAGGUCAUCAUCCAGCCGCUCCCCUUCCUCCUCCUCCCGCUCCUCCUCCCGGUCUUCCUCUCGCUCUUCCUCGCGCUCCCGCCGUGCCAGACGUGGUCGUGGGGGAAGGGAUGGUCGCCGUUCCAGGACCCGAUCGAGAUCGAGGCGGCGUACAAGAUCACACUCGAGAGGUAGGGGAGGAAACGGAGGAGGUGGAUCCUGGAGGAGACGCGACUGGACACGAUCACGGUCUAACGACAGAAACCGGGAUCGAGAUAGAGAUCGGGACAGGGACCGAGACAGAGACAGGAGACGAUACUCAGCACGUAGAAGAACAAGGUCACGCUCAAGUUCUCGGCAGGGAGGCAGUUUGAGGCGAGGGGGGCGAAGCAGCGGAGGCCAUCGGCGGGGAGACAGCAAUAGCCGCAGUCCCUCUCAGUCCCCAAAACGCCUUAACCACAGUCCCUCCCCUCCCCACAGAGGAGCCCAGCCCUCUACCCUCAGCAUCACUGACAAGCUAAGAAAGCCUGAAACUCCGGGUGGUAAAGAGACGGGAGCUGCCAAACCCAAGAUGACCCCACAGGAGCGACUGAAGCUACGAAUGCAGAAGGCGCUCAACAAGCAAUCCAAGGCGGAUAAAAAAGCUGCUCAGGUGAAGAUCCAGCAGCAGGAACACAAGCGCCAGGAGCGAGAGGGAGAGCUGCGAGCCAUGGCACGCAAAAUUCGCAUGAAGGAGCGUGAGAGACGAGAGAAAGAGAGGGACGAAUGGGAGAGACAAUAUGGGCGACAGAGCCACUCACCCUCUCCCUCUAAAUACAGUCGUGAACACAGCUCACACAGAAGGAGGUCGCGGUCUCGUUCACGGAGUCCUUACUAUCGAUACUGAGCUGUGGGAAACAUGAACACGUCACAGACUCUUCUGCACCGUACUUUGUCAUUAGUACACAAACUAUUAAAGAGGCUAAAACAUGGUAAUAUGAAGAGAUGAACUAAUACUACACUCUCUGAAAUAGUGUGGGUCUGUACAUUUGAAUUUUUUGACUGAUGACCUUUAAUUUCUAUGAAUUCACCACUGAUUGAUUCAAUCUGCCCUUUUAAUUUCUGCUUCAUCCUGUAAAGAGACCGAAGGUUUGAGUUUCCUUCUGCAUGCUCUUUAUUUCUGCCUGACCUCUUCUGAAAAACCUUGUACUUCAAACUAUAAACCGUAAAACCAAGCAAUAUUACCUUUUACCUCACAUCCUCCUUAUGAAAUCACGCUCCCUCUCAGCUUUUUUCAUGAUCACACCUAAAGGAGCAUUUAUCACCUUUCAUGGGCUGUGCGGGAUAUUAAAUUCAUUCAUUUGUUGAUAAAAUAAGAUGAAGUUCAUAAGAGUUCAAGCUACCAAACCUCUCUUUUUAUACUCUGUCCUCUGCCAAAUGGUUCACCGAAGCAAAUAACUUUUUUUGUUGUCAGAAAUGUGGAAUGUUAAACACAAAACUACAAAUAAAAUCAGAUUUUUGGGA